UCUUAUUACGCAGAGGGUGAACGAGCCUACGGUUAUGUCAGGAUUGAGACUGGUGACGAGUUAAGCAAGCGAGCAAAGUUUGCUCUCAUAACAUGGGUCAGUGAAACUGUUCCUCCGUUAAAGAAGGCCAAAGUCAGUACAGACAAAGCUUCUGUCAAGCAAACUAUCCAGGUAAUGAACUUGUUUUGUUUUUGGAGUUCUCGCGUUAUCAUCACGUUCUUGGGUUCUCACGUUCUCGCUUUCUCACGUUCUGGCGUGUCAAAUCCCCCCCACCCCCCACCAUCCUCUUCUCUUUUUCAACGUCGCGCAGGUUAUUUAUUCCCCUUUUUUUGGAUAUGUUGUUUAUAGCAAUCAUGUUUCGGUUAUCUCCUGGCUUUUUUGUGCAUUUCUUACCCGUAAACUCCCCCUUAAGUAAUGUCAUAAAACCUAGUGUACAAUGUCAUCCGAGUCUUCACCCCAACCCCUAGCGGGCGUAAAGCAAAGAGACGGAUCUUAUAGGAGAAUUGCUCUCGAGGGUCGAUAUUGACUUUAAGCCUGUUCCGCACUGGUGGCGCGAUCACAAGUGUGAGGAUAAAGAGCUUGUGCGCUAGUGAGGACAUCCCUGACAAACAAAUAAGCAUAAGAAUAUCAAAAUCUUGCGUUCUUGUUAUGUUAAUGUCAAGGUCGCCCUCAAAUACGCAUAUGCUUACUAUGCUCGCGUUAUUCUAGCCUGAAAAAACAGCCGACAUUUCGCGACGCAACCACAGGUUUCUCCUAAAAUGAUGUCUGAGAAACGAGAGCAGAAAGUCCAUACCUGAUGAUGCGUCACUACCCAGAUCUAGGUAAUGCUUAUUGUUGGUCGUGCCGCGCGGGAAAUUUGCUUCAGCCAAUCAGAAGCACUGUCCAAAUCUGGGUAGUGACGCGUCAGCAGUAUGGAAUUUCUGCGCUCGUCUUGUCAGACGUCAUUUCGCGGGUGUCGAGAAAUGUCGGGUGUUUUCUCAGGUUAGCGGCAUUCUUACGGCUUACGGUUAUGCUUGUGUCUGCGACGUUAGUGAGGAGCUGCAAGCGUAAUCCCUGGGGGAGGAUAUUUGACCAAUAUUUGGGUAUAGCUAACCCUUACCCUGUUCAGAACAAAAAAAAUUCUAAAAUACACAGUACCCUGUUUAUGACAACACCCUCAAAUUUAUUACCUUGUUUAGGGCAAAGGACAAAAUGGGUGCCGUCUUAUUUCAAAGCCAUUUAUUGGCAAUUCCAAUAGAUCAAAUUCACGUUAUAGUCAACGGUUUUGUAUACUUGGAGUACAAACAAAUUUCAUCCUCGCUUAUAGUGAGGACAGACUCGAACUAAUCAUAUACGGUACCCCGAUUAGGACAAACUCGCCCGAAAUUUAUACCCUGUUUAGGACAGAGAGGUCAAAAACCAUACCCUGUCCAGCGGCACAUCCCCGUAUAGGCCAUAUAAGGCAGUCCCCCCCAGGGGCUUAAUGUUACUCUUCGCGAGAACCUAGUUUAGAGGCCUGAGCUCCCACAAGUCCCCUGUAGCUCUGUGGUAGAGCAUCUGGACUGGUUACCAUAGGCUCAUAAGUUCGGCUCCUGUUGAAAGUAAUCGGAUAUUUUCUUCCGAACCGUGUAUGUCAAGACUGAAAAAAAAAACAUCUUUCUCAUGUAUUCACCAGGCUUGAAGUUCACCAUCACAUUUUGUAUCAAUAGUGAGUUGGAAAACUACAACACUUAAAAACUAACGAAAUAAUGUCCCGACGUUUCGGCGACAUCAUGACACCAUUUUUAAGGAAUGGAAAUAAAUGCGCGUUCAAACAAAGACCGCCUUUGAACGUGCAAACUGAUUCAAUCCCUGCUAAAAGUCGAUAAAGUCUUUGUGUAAAUCUGCUCUUCCAUACAAAUUUUAGAGUACUUUAACUCCUUUUUGCCGGAUGAACUCGUAUUUAUUUCCAUUCUUUGAUGAUCGCGUCACGAUGUCGCCGAAACGUCGGGACAUUCUUUCGUUAGAUUUUAAAUGCUAAGACAUUUUCUAUCGAAGGCUUAAUUGUUAUACUUUCUGACUUGAUUGCAGAACUUUGCGGCGGAAAUUUUCACUAGUCACAAGGAGGAACUCCAGUUUGAUCAUGUAAAACAGAUUCUCGUAAAAGCUGGUGGAGCAAACUAUGGCACCGGAAAAUAAAUUAUAAAUUCACUCUCGAUUUUACUGAAAUUAUCAUUUUUGCUUCUUCUUCUGUCCCUAAUGAAUUCGCCCUUCAGUAAUUACAAACCAUCAACAGUCGAUCGCGUGCUGCGAUUGAAAAAUUACCAAAAGCACUUCACUAACUUUUAUAUUUCAAGAGUCAUAAUUAAAACAAAGAAAUUCAUCAAACCAGGUUUCAUGACUAGCCUAGAAAUGUCUGGAAGUUCAAUUAUAUCGACGAAUUUGAUGCGCGAAAGAAACUGAAUCCAAGCACAGAUUUAUCUCUUACUAGUUUCGAUACUUGAAUUUGAAAAAAUCAUUAAUUCAGUCGACAUUGCGCCUGCUUUACGGCUGUGUUAGACCUGUAUUCCUGUGUCUCUAAUAUGUCUUUGUGAUUGAGAAGGAAUAAACUAUGGUAAAAUAUCAAAGUCUGAUGUUUUGAUAAUCCAUAACAAUUUACUAUUUUGCAGCGUUCGACAUGUUCGAAGUGAAUACUUAACGGUAACUUUGUACCAUAGUUAUUAGAGGAGACUGGUUAUGAAAAGCGGCAAACAUCAAUGAUAAAAACAACAGUGCUGCAGUUUAUGUUCAAAGCACCGUG